AAGAAAGUUUGAAAGAAGUGCCAAAACAGGAAGCCGCAGCAGGAAUUGGGAAUUUCACUGUUUCCAAAGAAGGACACAAAAAUAGACUACAAAGUUUGAAAGAGCAUCAAAGAUCGUGAAGGACGCGUUUCAUGACAAAAAUGAAGAGUCGAACUCAGGAACCUUCUGUUCAAUCCUUGUUAGAAUUUAUGGACAUCGCAUCCGACGCCGUCAAAAGUGCUCUGAAGAAGCCCACGACUUUCAAACGCCACAUAAACCACCGACGAUAUCUUCAACGACAGGUCAAAAGUGUCGUGAGAAACAGACAGCAUCCAAGAAAGGUCAACCCGUGCGAUUUGAGAGAAGACGUUCAGGAGCUUGUUCGAGAAGCCAUCAAGGAACUCAAACAUUCCCCGUGUUAUGCUAACGCUUUGGGAGCAAGUUUUGGACAUAUGCGCUCGCAUCACGAGCUAAUGACUAAUAGACGACUUUCGCAACAAAUUCAAACCCAUUUCCAAAGUUCCCGACCUACCCACCCCACCUAUAGGCUCACCCACCCGUCUCAACCUAUAACCUACCAAACGCAUAUCCACCGAGCAAAUAAGGAGAAUAGCUCGACCGUAUCAGCGGACUUUUGCUACCACAACGAGGCAAAUCUAACCACAACAAAUGAAUGUUUAGGUCUGAGCUCGCUCACGGACGAGUGCUUCAUGUCUGGUGAAGAGCUCACGAACAAUAUAGACAUCAAUGAUUUGUAUAUUCCGGAAUUACAUGAGCCACGAAGUCCGGUCGUGAAAUGCGAGGAUUACAUAUUUGAAAAUGACCUGGAAAUUCCCAGCCCAAUCUAUGGCGAAGAAUCUAUUAUGCGCUUUAAAUUCGACCAUAAUCUUGGAAACUUGGAUCAAUUUCUUUAACAAAGACUAGUCGAUGCAAGUGUCUUCUUACAUUAAAACAACAUCACAUAUGCUUAAUAUUCAAAGAUUUUUGCAUAAAAGAGAAUAUUUGGAGUUUAUGAUAAUCACUAAAAACUAUACUAUCGUUCUCCCAGGAUCUGUAUUUUGUAAUGUUGGGUAAUGUUGCAAAUGCUUCAUUCGUCUUCCAAUAUCUCUGUCAGUGAUAUUGCCCAGAAUUAGGAACGGAAUUAAACGGUAUUCAAAACA